AUGGCGCCCAUAACCACACUCACCGCGACAACCACCCCUCUGGACCCCUCCCAAACCCUCCGCGCCUCGACCGCACUCCUCAAAAAAAUCUCCACGGACAGCUCCACGAAAUCCAGCACGGCGCCCAAAACCUCCCUGCUCGCGGACGCGGAUGACGGUCUAGAUGCCAUUUCCGACCUCGUCCCCAUCUGGCUGAUCCUCUCGACCAAAAAACACAUUUCGGAUAAAAAACGCCUCAAACCCGCUCCCAUCUCCCUCCCACAUCCGUACCUCUCGAUUUCGGACCCGGGAUUGCGCAUCUGUCUCAUCACUGCCGAUCCGCAGCGCAAAUAUAAGGAAUUGGUGGAUGUGGACGCGGGAUUUCCGGCUGAGGUCGCUGGGAAGAUUAAGCGGGUGAUUGGGUUGGAGAAGUUGAAGAGCAAGUAUAAGAGUUUUGAGAGUCGGAGAUUGUUGUUCUCGGAAUAUGAUCUGUUUCUGGCGGAUGAUCGGGUCGUGRCGUAUUUGCCCAAGGUUUUAGGGAAGGUGUUUUAUAAGGGAGGGAGUAAGAGACCUAUUCCUGUGUCGUUGGAGGGCAGGAGGGUGAGUGUGGAGGAUGGGGUUAAGAGGAAGAAACUCGCCGAGGGUGGGGAGAAGGUCAAGAAAGUGGAACCCAAACCUCUGGAAAUCGCAGAGGAGAUUAAGAGGGCUGUGGGGAGUACUUUGGUGCAUCUUGCGCCGAGUACCAGCACGGCGGUCAAAGUUGGAGUGGCGACUAUGACUCCGGAGGAAAUCGUUGCGAAUGUGGAGGCCGUGGUGGAGGGGCUUGUGGAGAAGUUUGUGCCGCAGAAGUGGGAGAAUGUGCGGGCGGUACAUAUCAAGGGACCCGAGACGAUUGCGCUACCGAUUUGGUUGACCGAGGAGUUGUGGGCCAGUGAGCAGGAUGUGUUGGAGUUCAAACCGGAGACGAAUGCGGGGAAGAAGAGGAAGCGGAGUGCGUUGAUUGAGGAGGGCAAGGCGGAGACGAUUGAGGUUCCUGGACCGGAUGGGAAGAUGAGGGUGUUGGAGAAGCCGUCGAAGAAGGGAAAGAAGGUCGAGAAGGCCGAGGUGGAGGUGGAUGUUCCCGUUAAGAAGGAGAAAAAGAGGAAGAGCGAGGUUGUAGAGGAGGAUGCGGUUGAUGAUGCUGCUGAAGAAAAGGCCGCAAAGAAGGCGGCCAAGGCGGCGAGGAGUGCGGAGAGGGCACAGUUGAAGGCUGCUGCGUUGGGCGAUAUCCAAGCCAAUGUGGAGGAGGACGUCAAGCCGAAGAAGAAGGCCAAAAAGUCCAAAGCCUAA